UCUUCUCGGAGGAGUUCGGCUCUUGUCGGUGGAGACGGAGAGUCCGUGGAGUCCUGUCGAGUGUGUCCCGUACUAUUUCAACUUUUCUGGCUGAAAACAGCGGCUGAUAUUCGGGGGAAACUACAGUGAGUGAAGUAUUCUCUGGAAGUGGAAGACGUGUCCUCCUUUCAUCUGCCGUUGAUUCACUGACUCAGGGGCCGCAGACACGGAGUUCCUCCUCUUAGUGGUUAAACUGUAACGGACCGGAAGCUAAUGUAGCUGCUAACUGAAGCUAAUGUAGCUAACCCCGCUGCCUGCUCUGUGUCACGCCGGGAAACAGUCAUCAUGGCCGGGGACUUCUCGCUGCUCCACCGGACCUGUAAGCUGGUGGUUCUGCUGUGUUUCCUCCACAUCUCCGUCACACUCUUCUUCUACGUCCGCUCUCUGGACAUCCCGUCCGCCUUCGUCCAGAAUCAGCAGCAGAACCGGGACAACCGGACCGAGAAGAACCUGAUCCGGACCGACGAGCUGCCCGCCGAGAUCCCGGAACCCGGGGAGACGGAGAAGAGGGUAGAGGAGGCCGGGGAGGUGAAAGAGCCGGAUCCCGGGGAGAAUAAAGAGGCGGAUCCCGUGGAGAAUAAAGAGCCGGAUCCCGGGGAGAAUAAAGAGCCGGAUCCCGGGGAGAAUAAAGAGCCGGAUCCCGGGGAGAAGGAGCUGCAGAAAUGCCAAGAAACAUCCCCCUUGCUGGUGGGUCCUCUUCGGGUGGAGUUCAGCUCUCCGGUGAAAGAGGAACUGAUAAAGAAGGAAAACCCCGCCCUGCAGCGGGGGGGGCGCUUCAGACCCAAAGACUGUGUGGCGCAGCAGAAGGUGGCCAUCAUCAUCCCUUUCCGCAACCGAGAGGAACACCUGAAGUACUGGCUGUACUACCUGCACCCCAUCCUGCAGAGACAGCAGCUGGACUACGGGGUCUACGUCAUCAACCAGGAUGGAGACGCCACCUUCAACCGAGCGAAACUGCUGAACGUGGGCUACACGGAGGCUCUGAAGGAGUACGACUAUGACUGCUUUGUGUUCAGCGACGUGGACCUGAUCCCCAUGGACGACCGGAACACCUACAGGUGCUUCAGCCAGCCCAGACACCUGUCUGUCUCCAUGGACAAGUUCGGAUUCAGGUUACCCUACAACCAGUACUUUGGAGGCGUGUCCUCCAUGAGCAAGGACCAGUUCCUGAAGAUCAACGGCUUUCCCAACAACUACUGGGGCUGGGGGGGGGAGGACGACGACAUCUUUAACAGGUUGUCCUCUAAAGGGAUGUCCAUCUCCAGACCCAGUGGAGACAUCGGGAAGUGUCGGAUGAUCCGGCACGAGAGAGACAAGAAGAACGAGCCCAACCCUCAGAGGUUUAACCGGAUCGCUCACACCAGAGAGACCAUGUCCUCUGACGGGAUCUCCUCCCUCUCUUACUCGCUGGUGAAGACGGAGAAGCUGGACCUGUACACCAGAAUCACUGUUGACGUGGGGCGGCCCUGAGAGCCAGGCUCUGAUUGGACGCUGCUAUGACGCGUCCUGAACCAGACGUUUAUUUUGAAAAUCUAUCGGAGACAAUCAGGGCUGGGGAGGUCACAUGGUGUGGGCUUUACUGGUGGAGGGUUUGUGGGUAAUUAAGAGGGAGGGUUUAGAUCUGGUUCCUGGGUCUGGUCCUGGUUCUGGUCCUGGUUCUGGUUCCCAAAUAUUAAUAAGAAUCUGAAACCCAGAAUCCUCUCUGCAGGGUAAGUGUGUGUGUGUGUGUGUGUGUGUGUGUGUGUGUGUGUGUGUGUGUGUGUGUGUGUGUGUGUGUGUGAGUGUGUGAGUGUGAGAGAGAUUUGAGCCAAACAUGGAACCCGAGUCCAAGCUGCAGGAACCAGAAAAGGGGGUCACAGAGCCGGGGGGUAAAUCCUUUACUUAAAGUGAAACGUGAUCAUUGUUUUGUUUUUUAAAAGAUUUUAAUUGUGUGUGUGUGUGUGUGUGUGUGUGUGUGUGUGUGUGUGUGUCCCUGCCCCCGUCUGUGAUUUCUUUAUUUAUUACAUACAGUAACUGAUAUAUCCCACGGCCCCUGAUGGAUGCAUCUCAUUCUAGAGCACAUCAGAUACACUUUGGAUCUGUGUGUGUGUGUGUGUGUGUGUGUGUGUGAGAUGUUGACAGGUUUGUUUAUCUUCAGACCAAAAAAUCUUGUUUAUAUAUGAUGAAACCUUUAAUGUGCCUUAAAGAGAGAGGGAAAUAAAACCCGUCAAAGAC